GGUUCUCCUACAAAUAACUGAAGGUUGAGCGUAGCAUUUAGUAUUAGUAUCAGUAUCAGUAUCAGUGUCCAAGCCUGAGAGUGAGACCACCACUGAUAGAGAAAGCACUCAGCUUUCUUCUUUGAGAUUUCUCACUAAGUCUCAGGCUAAGGCGCUAAGCAAUGGCAUCUGUUGCCUCCUCCCACUUUGUGUCAAGAAGUGUGCACAUCAAUUGUGCAGCUCCAGAAAGUAGAGCUACUUUGGCACAGAUUGACCUUAAAACUCGACCCAUCACUCACAAUGGGUUAAGAUCAUUGAGCAAGGGAGACAUGCUACAGAUGAAAUCAAAUGCAAAAGCAUUGACUAAGCUUGUAAGGAGCAAAGGGUGCCGAACCCAGAAUGAUGUGCCACCAAGAGCUAUAAUCCGAGGAAUGAACAUAGCAUUUGUAGCAACUGAAUGUGACAAGUGGUGCAAAACUGGUGGUCUUGGUGAUGUUGUUGGUGGUCUCCCACCAGCCUUGGCUAAAAGAGGACAUAGGGUCAUGACAAUAGUCCCUCGCUACGACCAAUACAAAGAGGCAUGGGAUACCAGUGCGACUGUUGAGUUGAAAGUCGGGGACAUGCUUCUCACUGUUCGCUUCUUCCAUUGUUAUAAAAGGGGAGUAGACCAUGUUUUUGUGGACCAUCCAAUAUUCCUUGAAAAGGUAUGGGGAAAAACCGGUUCCAAGCUUUAUGGUCCUAUAGCUGGAACAGAUUAUGAUAACAACCAGCUUCGUUUCAGUUUGCUUUGCCAGGCUGCUUUGGAGGCCCCUAGAGUUUUGAAUCUGAGCAACAAUCCAAACUUCUCUGGCCCCUAUGGGGAGGAUAUUGUCUUUGUUGCCAAUGACUGGCACACUGGUAUUCUUCCAUGUUACCUGAAGUCCAUGUACCAAUCUAGGGGAAUCUACCAAAAUGCCAAGGUUGUCUUCUGUAUUCACAACAUAGCUUACCAAGGGAGAUUUGCAUUUUCAGAUUUCUCGAUGCUCAACCUUCCUGAAGAAUUCAAGGAAUCCCUUGGUUUCAUAGAUGGGCUUGUUAAACCUGUUAAAGGAAGAAAAAUUAAUUGGAUGAAGGCUGGGAUCUUGGAGUCUGACAGGGUAGUGACUGUCAGUCCCCAUUACGCCCAAGAAAUCCUCUCCGGUCCUGCAAAAGGUGUUGAGUUGGACAGCGCCUGUCGUGUGGCUACUCUGACAGGUAUCACCAAUGGCACGGAUAUCCAGGACUGGAACCCGGUGACUGAUGAAUACAUUGGUGUCAACUAUGACAGCACAACAGUAAUGGAUGCAAAACCACUCUUGAAGGAAGCCCUUCAAGCAGAAGUUGGGUUACCAGUUGACCCAAACAUCCCACUUAUAGGGUUCAUUGGUAGACUUGAGGAGCAGAAAGGUUCUGAUAUACUUGCAGCAGCUAUUCCACAGUUUAUUGGAGAGAAUGUCCAGAUAGUUGUCCUGGGAACUGGCAAAAAAGUCAUGGAGAAGCAGAUUGAAGAACUUGAGAUCAAAUAUCCUGACAAAGCCAGAGGAGUGGCGAAGUUUAACGUCCCUUUGGCCCAUAUGAUAAUUGCUGGAGCUGAUUACAUGUUAAUUCCGAGCAGAUUCGAGCCCUGCGGUCUUGUUCAGUUGCAUGCCAUGAACUAUGGAACUGUGCCAAUUGUUGCUUCAACUGGUGGAUUAGUUGACACCGUCAAGGAAGGUUUUACUGGAUUCCAGAUGGGAGCAUUUAGUGUUGAAUGUGAGGCUGUGGACCCAAGUGAUGUUGCUGCUCUGGCCACAACUGUGAAGACAGCCCUAAAAACCUACGGAACCUCUGCCAUGAAGGAGAUGAUCCAGAACUGCAUGGCUCAGGAUGUUUCUUGGAAGGAACCUGCUAAGCUGUGGGAAAAACUGUUUUUGAGCUUAGAUGUUCCUGGAAGUGAACCUGGUGUUGAUGCAGAGGAAGUUGCUGCACCUGCCAAGGAGAAGGUUGCGACUGUAUGAAACUAUCGAAGCUAUAUCGAGUGGGAGCCACUAACAGCAGUACAUAAUAUUAUGCGUGCUAACAUCCAUAUUAGUAUUGAGAAUUGUCGGGUUCAAUUUCUUUUCAUACCACUUACGUGGGUGCUAUUGGUCUUUCUGAAUCCUACAAUGUAUAGUAUGUUCGUGCAUCAAUUUGUGUAAGAUUAAGAAUAUGUUGUUUCGUUUGGCAUUAGGUGCAGCUUUUUCGGCAUCGUGAGCUUGGUGUAUUGUUGAGCCAGUAAUCGGGACGCUAAACCUCAAGUAUGAAAGAAAGAGAUCAUGCCAUUACUCCACUA